AUGCCCAGCAUAUUUUCCCGCUUGAAGGGCAAGGAUGGCUCCACAAAGACCAGGUCCAAAAAAAACGGCGCAAACGACCUUGCCAACAAACUGCCAACCAAGCCGCUGUGGGACGAUGCCUACACCCGGAAGACGGUCGAACCAGAAGAGAUUCGGGAGCUGGUGAAGGUUUGCACUGCAGAGCUCAAGGCGAGAGGUCUCGACAUCCCGUUUCUCCUCCUCCCUUUUCGGCCCACAUCGGACCCUAGUGCGGUCCGGACAUUCGUGCGCCACUUCUUUGACACCAGUGCCGGCGUGUCUGGCGAUGUGCUCUUGCAGGAGCUUCGCAUGACGGAGCCAAUGGUGAUUUCAGGUGUCAUCAAGUGGUGUUGGAGCCGCUUACAGGGAGGAGUUGUCGGCUGGGAUGCUUACGAACUUUUUAAAAUUGGAGAGCAAGAUUCAAACGAAGCUCCCGACUCAUUCAACACUUUCAUCCCGCUUAGCGUCGACAAUGCGGCCCGAGCGGGCAUCAUAUUCGACCUCUUCGACCUUCUUUCUGCCAUUGCUGCGCAUGGCAAGGCAAAUGGAUUCGGUGGCCGGAAGUUGUCUCGUAUGGCAUCGUGGUGGGCCUUUGACAGUAAGGGCACUGGAAAUGGGUUUGAGGGCGGUUACAAGGAUUGGCUAAAGGCGGCGGAUGCUACCAGCCAUCUGUUCUUUGCCUACCUCCGGUCACUCUCGCCUGCCCGGGGACCUGGAAGCUUUGCCACACUUCCAAUGUCGCUACAGAAGCUGCUGCAAGAGACGGAAUACCCUCCCCAGAGACCGGUGUUGCUACAAACGUCCACGUUCAGGGUGAUUAUGAUUGUCGAUAACGUGUCUCCUACCCCAUUCUCUCUGCUUCGUCGGGGCAGUCAUUUCGAGUACCGAGACGAAGAUCGUGCGCUUCGUGAAUUUUCCGAUUACGAAGACCCGGUCCAGGCUUUGACGGAUGAAUGUCGCAGAGUUCUUAAGGCGAUCUCCGCGGCCAACCAGACCCAAGCGGUGUCCAGCUCCAAACACUCCACCAGUCUUCGCGACGCGUCCUGGUCACGAUUUGAAGACGUAGGUUUCGGCAGCCUUAUCGAAGAGGAUGAAGACGACGAGGAGAAAAACAACCUAGCAGCCAAGAGGAACCAUGCCCUGAGGACGACGCCAGCUUCCGGUGGCAAUGGGCUUGGCAGACCAACGACCCCUUCGUGGGCGGACUUUCUUUCCUCUGGCUUUGUGGACGACGGCCCGAACAGCCCUUCAAACAUACUUCUUCCCCCAGACAAGAUUUUGCCGCCGAUUGACACAAACACCCGUCAACGGAGCUCGCAAUCCCACCGGCCUCGCCUGGAAACGGAACGUGCACUAGAACCUGGCGAGCUCGCGAGCAUCAGCCGCUUCGACUUGGACGACGCCUUCUGGUGGGUGUGGAUGAGCAGUCUGGCACCCGAGGAGACACCUGAGCGAAAGUCGGCUUUUGGGCGUUGUGCUGUCAUCGAGACGAGCAUUAAAGCAGGCCGAUGGCUGGUCAUGGAAGAGGUCGUUAAGGGCGCUGCUGCAGAGCCUGACGAAGGUGCCUAUAUUGCAGAAAAGAAGGGCUUCUUCAGCUGGACUCGUCGAAACAAGGGUAUUUCUCGCAGCAAGUCUGUGGGCAAGCAAUCUCAUGAUAAGCGCAAUGGACAAGGACAGCUCAUGCCAGGAGGCGACGCGGCCAGUGCUAGUAGGACGAGUAUCGCAGCCAACCAGCAGGCGAAGAUCCAGGCAGCAGCACAGAAGCUACAGGCCAGACACCAACAGGAGGAAAGAGAGCGAAACGGCUCUGAUGUGGCAUUGAGCAGACGUGGACGCACAGAAAGCCAUGCUGCUGAAAAGACAACCAGCGUCUUCACUCUUCAGCCUGUGAUUGCUUCUGAGGCGUCUCCCGCACUGAAGUGGGCCAGCAAAUAUGACAAGGAGGCUAUACGAGAAAAGUAUCUCGGCAACAUCAAUGCUGGCCGUGGCCAGUUAUCCGUGUCAUCGCCCAAUGUCCAUUUAAGCGGCCUACCAUCCCCGACGGGUAGCUAUAAUAGCACAGCCACAGAGGAUGCGAUAGAGAAACCAGCGACCCAGAUACCUCGGCUGUCGCCGCUGGCAACAUCGUCAACAACUCCCGCCCUGUCUCCAAAGCCUGCUGUCAGUACCGUGCAGUCGCCAACUCUUCUUUCGCCGGCUUCCGUGAAGGACCGAAUCGCGAACCUGACAGAGAAGUCGAAGGCGGCUCCGGCUCCGGCGCCGAUAAGCCCUCGCAUUGCAGUUUCGGAGCCGUCUAGCAUGUUGGGACCGGCCUCACCUCGGGUGCCACCGAAAGACACGCCGGAAGACACGCCGACAAAAUUGGAACCUGUUCCAGUCCCUGCGUCCAACCCCGAGGGAAAGAAGGCUGUCAACAAACUUCACAAAGACGGCAAGGAAAAGGAGGCUGACGAGAAGAACAAAGAUCUGCCUACGUCCGCAACCGCAAAUGGGGGAUUCCGCAAACUAUUCAACCGCAAGAACCGACAAUCUAAGCUUCCCGAGAACGCAGGCGCUGAUGUGAGUGCGAUGCUGGCAGCGGCCGCUGCGGAAAGCAGUAGCUCCAACCCUUCACCCAAGCCGACUGCACCAGCCGAAGAAGUAGCUCCGACACGUCCAAUUGCGGCUCCGAUUGCAGCAGCCGUGAAUCUAGCUCCAGCUGCUGCCGCACCGCCUGCUUCUCCAGCUAGGAAGCCAGUUCCGGUACGGGCUACUCCGUCAGCCAUCCCCGUCUACAAGGAGCCUGUUGUCGGGCUGUCCGAGCCGGCACCGGUUGCCGAGCCAGCUGAUGUCACGUCUGGCAACUCGGUCCCCGGCGUUGAUACUGCCGAGGAGAUGGAGGUCAAGACGGAUUUCAACCGUUUCGACCAGUGUCCUCUUGACCAGCCAGCGUUCGUCCCAGAAGACUCUGACACCGAAGAAGAGGCAGUCCCCCCGCCGAUUGCCCGCCAGCGAUCGCCCGUAUCGCCGAAGCUCGUAUCCCCUGCACCAGUGCCGGAACCAGCCGAGCCGAGCUUACCGCCGGCGCUGGAUCGGUGGGCUCAGAUUCGGAAAAACGCAGCUGAUCGUGCAGCACAACGCCAGACGGAAGUACCGCCGAGCACGACGUACACCAAGCCCAAGGGGGCGGGUGAAGCUGCGAGUGGUGAAGAGACGAUUGAGUCUCGCGUUGCUCGGAUCAAGGCACGCGUGGCUGAAUUGACCGGCAACAUGGAGGGAGUUAAUGGCCCUGGCAGUCGGCCUGCGCCUCUGCCCAUCCGCCGUUAG